AUGGUUGGCAAAUCCCCAAACCCAGUCAUAACUACAGACGCCAUGUCAUUGCAGCAUUUAUCUGCCAAUAUAACUCUGCGGGAUGCCACUAGACUAAGAAUUGCUUAUUACGACCAUACAGCUCCCAGGGAUGAUGAAACGAAGGGGGUCAUACUCUUCUUACAUGGUUUCCCCCAGACUUCGUUCCAGUUUCGGUAUGUAUUACCGCUUGUCGCCAAUCAUGGCUAUCGAUGCAUUGCUCCGGAUUACCGGGGCGCGGGAGGUUCUUCGAAGCCCGGUUUUGGGGCAUCAUCGGGUGAUUUUCGCAAGUCUACCAUGGCUGCAGAUAUGAUUACCCUGCUCGACGCCAUUGGAAUCACAGAACCUGUACACGUAGUCGGCCACGACAUCGGCGGGAUGGUCGCAUUCGCGCUGGCAUCACGUUGGCCGGAGCGAGUACGGAGCGUCUGUUGGGGUGAAUGCCCCCUGCCAGGCACCAAGGCAUACAGAGAUGACAUGUCAGAGCCUGGCAGGGCCAAGCAGCAAUUUCAUUUCAUCUUUCACUGCGCGCCUGACGGCUUGGCAGAAGCCCUCGUUGCAGGAAAAGAGAGGUUAUACAUUUCUCACUUCUUCGCGAAGCUCACUCAUAACUUGGCCGCGUUCCCAUCGGCAGCUGUUGGGGAGUAUGUUUCGGCUUACAGCCAGCCUGGGGCACUAUCAGCCGCAUUUGCUGCCUACCGUGCCUUCGAAGAAGAUGAGGCAGAGAAUGAAUCUUGGAUUGCAACACAUGGCAAAUGCCCGGUGCCAACCAUGAUUCUGAGUGGUCAGUACAGCCGCCAUCGGGAAGAAGCCAAGCAUAUGGCUCUCGAAGUCACAAGGGAGGCUGCCCAGAUCGGCGUUGUGGACAGUGCCAGUCACUAUCUAGCUGAGGAGAACCCGGCGGGCUUUGCGCGAGCUGUGGAGCAAUUUAUCUCCAAAUACUGA